CGAGCAUCCGGGCUCCUGGCGGCGGCGCUGCGGAGGCUCGCGGGAGACGCGGCGCGCGGGACGAGCGGGCGGCCGAGCGGACAGCGGCUGGGCGCUCUCGGGCGGCCGGCGGGGCCGAGCGCCGCGCGUCCCGAGCAUGGCGGGCUCCCUGCCUCCCUGCGUGGUGGACUGUGGCACCGGGUAUACCAAGCUUGGCUACGCAGGCAACACUGAGCCCCAGUUCAUUAUUCCUUCAUGUAUUGCCAUCAGAGAGUCAGCAAAGGUAGUUGACCAAGCCCAAAGGAGAGUGUUGAGGGGAGUUGAUGACCUUGACUUUUUCAUUGGAGAUGAAGCCAUUGAUAAACCUACGUAUGCUACAAAGUGGCCAAUAAGACAUGGAAUCAUUGAAGACUGGGAUCUAAUGGAAAGGUUCAUGGAGCAAGUGGUUUUUAAAUAUCUUCGAGCUGAACCUGAGGACCAUUAUUUUUUAAUGACAGAACCUCCACUCAAUACACCAGAAAACAGAGAGUAUCUUGCAGAAAUUAUGUUUGAAUCAUUUAAUGUACCAGGACUCUACAUUGCAGUUCAGGCAGUGCUGGCCUUGGCGGCAUCUUGGACAUCUCGACAAGUGGGUGAACGUACGUUAACGGGGAUAGUCAUUGACAGCGGAGAUGGAGUCACCCAUGUUAUCCCAGUGGCAGAAGGUUAUGUUAUUGGAAGCUGCAUCAAACACAUCCCGAUUGCAGGUAGAGAUAUUACGUAUUUCAUUCAACAGCUGCUAAGGGAGAGGGAGGUGGGAAUCCCUCCUGAGCAGUCACUGGAGACCGCAAAAGCCAUUAAGGAGAAAUACUGUUACAUUUGCCCCGAUAUAGUCAAGGAAUUUGCCAAAUAUGAUGUGGAUCCCCGGAAGUGGAUCAAACAGUACACGGGCAUUAAUGCGAUCAACCAGAAGAAGUUCGUUAUAGACGUUGGUUAUGAAAGGUUCCUGGGACCUGAAAUAUUCUUUCAUCCAGAGUUUGCCAACCCAGACUUCAUGGAAUCCAUCUCGGAUGUUGUUGAUGAAGUAAUACAGAACUGCCCCAUUGAUGUGCGGCGUCCACUGUAUAAGAAUGUCGUUCUCUCAGGAGGCUCCACCAUGUUCAGGGAUUUCGGACGCCGACUGCAGAGAGAUUUGAAGAGAGUAGUGGAUGCCAGGCUGAGGCUCAGUGAGGAGCUCAGCGGCGGGAGGAUCAAGCCGAAGCCCGUGGAGGUGCAGGUGGUCACGCAUCACAUGCAGCGCUAUGCCGUAUGGUUCGGAGGCUCCAUGCUGGCCUCGACUCCGGAGUUCUUUCAGGUCUGCCACACCAAGAAGGACUAUGAAGAGUACGGGCCCAGCAUCUGCCGCCACAACCCCGUCUUCGGAGUCAUGUCCUAGUGUCUGCCUGAAAGCGUCGUCUGAUGGUGUCACGUUGGGGAACAAGUGUCCUUCAGAACCCAGAGAAGGCCGCCGUUCUGUAAAUAGUGACGUCGGUGUUGCUGCCGAGCAGCGUGCUUGCAUUGCCGGUGCAUGAGGCGCGGCGCGGGUCCUUCAGUCAAAGCCAUUUAUCCGUGUGCCGACGCUGUCUGCCAGCCUCCUCCCUCGCCCGCCCUCUUCCUCCUCCUCUUCCUCCCCCUCCUCCUCCUCCCCCUCCUCCCCCUCCUCCUCCUCCUCAGAGCUGCUAGCUAACAAAUACAAUUCUGAAGGAAUCCAAAUGUGACUUUGGAAAUCGUCAGAGAAAACAACCUUAGAAAAUGGCACAAAAUCGUUGUGCACCAGGAGAGAAUGUGGGGGCGCAAACCCUUUCCCUCCCAGCCUAUUUUUGUAAAUAAAAUGUUUAAACUUGAAAUACAAAUCGAUGUUUAUAUUUCCUAUCAUUUUGUAUUUUAUGGUAUUUGGUACAACUGGCUGAUACUAAGCACGAAUAGAUAUUGAUGUCAUGGAGUGCUGUAAUCCAAAGUUUUUAAUUGUGAGGCAUGUUCUGAUAUGUUUAUAGGCAAACAAAUAAAACAGCAAACUUUUUUGCCACAUGUUUGCUAGAAAAUGAUUAUACUUUAUUGGAGUGACAUGAAGUUUGAACACUAAACUGUAUUGUAUGAGAAUUACUACAGAUCAUGUAUCUUUUAGUUUUUUUGUUUGAACUUUCUGGAGCUGUUUUAUAGAAGAUGAUGGUUUGUUGUUGGUGAGUGUUGGAUGAGAUACUCCCCUGCACCAUUGUAAUAAAAGCUGUUAGAAUCUUUAUAAAUAUC